AUGGAGGCGGAGAGGGGCCGAGCGAGGAGCCGGAGGCGGCGGCGGCGGCGGCAGCAGCGGCAGCACCAACAGCGGCGCGGAGAGACGGAUGCGGCGGUGGAAGUGGAGCGGCUGGCGCUCCCCAGGAGCUCCGCAACGCGAGGUUUCGGGCUCGUGGCUUUGCUUCCUCUGGGUCCCCUCUCCAGGGCCGCUCUGCAAGACGAAGAUGCCGAGGAGAGCGCCGCGGGGAGGGCGCUUCGGGCCGUGCGCGCAGCGCCCACAAAGGGCAGCAGUCCCGCCGCCCGGAGCCUCUGCUGCGUGGGGGCUGAGGGCCGCUUCCCGGCCCCCUUUCCGGCCCCCCCGGAGAGUUGGAGACUGUUCUCUGGCCUCGGCCGCGCGGGGGUGAGGUCGGGGGUCGGCGCGGCCGCUACUGCCCCGGCUCCGUCCGGCGCAGCUGCCGCCGCGGCCGCCCCUGGUGCCUGCGCGCCAGCACCCGCCUGCGGGUCCUUGCCCGGCGCCGCUCACUCGCGCGCGCCGCCCCACCCCCCGCCGCCGCCGCCCGCGCACCCUGCUCGGCCUCAGCGAGCGCGACCGACGCGAGUCGCAGCCGCCACCGCCGCUCUCCCCGCGCUCGCCGCACGCGCUGCCAGGCUGCGCGGCCCUCUCUCUUCUCCUCUCCUCUCCCCGCCCGCUGCCGCCGCCACCGCCGCCGCCGCCCUCGCCCCCGCCUCCCUCCUCCGCCGAGCUUCCCCGCCCGCGUCGUGGCCAAUCGGAGGCCACCGAGCUGCGGCUGUAGCCGGCCAGAUCCACGGCAGCCGUCCGCCCCCGCCCCGCCGAAGCACCCCGUUUCUGCUGCAGCCCGCGGGGGGUCGCCGGAGGGAAGUCUGGGGUUUUUGGGGUUUUUGUGCUUUUAGUAUUUGAAAAUCAAACUCAAUGUUUCCAUGGAAAAUAUAACCAACUCUACAGAGGACAGGAAGACGUCAGAGUUGCUCUGCACAGACUCCAGAAUUUGUAGGAAAAGAAACGAAGGGGUGGUGACAGGCUGGCAGCGGGGGAGAACCAUGGUGAGCAGGAACACGGACACUUGAAGCCUCCAGUGAGAGUUUCAAACUCAACAUGCCUGGCAAAAGUUAGCAAUGAAUAGAUGAUGAAUUGAGAUAGCUCCUGCCUGAAGGAAAGCAACCUGCUUGGAUCUGAAUAAGCAGGAAAUUCUUCAGUUUGUUCAGCAGAACCUAGAAAAGAUAACCCUAGAAUCUGGCUAAAAUCCUAAAGGCAUUCCAUGUAGUACACGUUUUUUGGUUUGUUUGUUUUGUUUUUAAGAAGCACAAAAUCAGGGUCUCCUGGGUGGCUCAGCUGGUUAAACAUCUGACUUCAGCACAGGUCAUGAUCUCAUGGUUUGCGAGUUCGAGCCCCACAUCGGGCUCUGCGCUGAGAGCAUGGAGCCUGCUUGGGAUUCUCUGUCUCCCUCUCUCUCUCUGCCCCUCCCCAUCUGUGCGUGCUCUCUCCCUCAAAAUAAAUAAACUGAAACAACAACAACAACAACAAAAACCCAAAAAGAAUCACAAAAUCAACCUAGUUGCUUGCAUGUUGUACACCAUUAAGAAAUCACUUUGCAUUCCUCUUUAAGUCCUAAAGUUUAAAUUGCUGAUGGCAUCUCCUAUAAUCAAUAUGGCAAAAUCGGAUUAUUACCAAAAUUAAAGUAAAAAAACAAUUGCUACUUAUAGUUUUCCAAAGUUAACAUUAAAAAGAAAAAAACCCCUGCAUUAAAAAAAGUCUUCACUAACAGCAAAACACUCAUGUGUGGUCCUCCAAAAUGUUGCAUUUAUUUUAAACAACCAAUAUCAUAAUUACUAGUUUUUCCAGAAAUCAAAUUCUUAAAAUCUUUAUGGUAUUUUUCAAAUAUGAAAAUAAAUGUUUUGUAUCCUUA